AUGGCCGGGGCAGGAGGUACACAAGAUCUCACCCCUGGCUGGCCCGACCAAACGUACGAACUUGAAUCCUUCGGAGGCGUGAGAGAAAUCUUUUCAAGUUCCCCGAGCGACGACGGUCCCCCGUCACGCAAUCCCCCCAAUCUGCCUGGGGUCCCUGUCUUUGACUCGAGAUUCCAUUUUAUGGGCUGUGGCACUGGCCAGGAUGAGCUCGUAUGUCGCGACCUGGACUGGCUUUCGGCCAAUUACACCCACCUCAGCCUCAACAAUGACGAAGGAGGAGACGUGAGCGAGGUGACCAGACGCCGCAGCGCAGAGGUUCCUGACAGCGUCCAGCCGCAUCUCGCACCUCGGGCGACCGGUGCCGCGCGCGACUUUAAGGUGGCUCAGCAGCGUAAUGGGCAGAACACCUUUACGACGACGUCGAGCACAUACCCUACUGGCAACAACGGUCAGUUUCUGGCCAACCUCAAUCAAAACGCAGGCUUCUACAACUUGGCGGAUGCCUACGACUGCGAGAACCCCCGAGUAGUGUCGACGGGCGACCAGAACGCUGCGGGCUAUCACGCCGAGCAUAUCAUCGAGGAGAACACGGUCCCAGAGCAGUGGAGCUUCAUGAUGACCGGUCAAGUCCGACGCACUACUGUGUUUCCCCAGUUCAUCGAGCCGCGGCUGCCACUCAUGCCAGUCGGCCUCAUGGGUCAGGGUAGCGUCUUCACACAGCCAUGGUCCCAAUGGGACUCGGGGGCACCUCCAGGCACGCAUCCCGAUGCUAAUAUCAGUCCUGAGCGCGAAAUGUGGGACUUGAUCGGAAGCUUUGUACACCCCGAAAACAUGGUCAACGCGCAUGCGGCUAUCAAUCUGCACAAGAUGCGCAUGGUUCGGGGUUUCAUGGCUCUCGGUGAAGAUUUCUGGAAGGAACAUGAAUUUGACGACACUUCGCUACAAACCGGCGAAGCCCGAUUCGAGGAGGCUGUCUCUUUCCUCCGUUUGUAUACUGCCGUCUUCGAGUACCUGAAUGACAACACGGUACACGCAGCCAUGGAGCGCGUCACCCAAGGCUUUGCUGCCCUGUUUCAGAGGUUCGACGACCGUCUUCGGGCCACUGGCCGCAUCGCACAAGACGGCCCUCGUUCCAAUCAUUUGUAUCGCAGAUAUCUCCACAGCGUUUUGCUCCCGCGGAUAGAGGCUUCGAGCACCGGCUACUUCCGGCUGAUUGAUCGACUGACUGGCAACUGGAAUCAGGCUCUCGCCCGGAUAGACCCCAACACGCAGCCAAGGUUGCGCAAUCGGAUCACGGGGAUGCUUAGGACUCUGGACGUUAUGAGACGCCACGCAAUGCAAUAUGAUCCAGUACGUGAAGGCGCGAGUGGGCUGUUUAAAAUCAGAAAAGAUGGGCUACCUCCGCCUCCGCCAUAA